CUCAAAAGAAAACCCCCCACCUGCUUUUCUCCCCCCGGAUUUUCCAGGAAAAGCUACAAAAAGUACGCCCCACACCGCCCCGUAAUUCUCUCUCUCUCUCUCUCUCUCUCUCUCUGAGCUCUGUGUGUAUAUAUAUGUAUACGUAUAUGUAGGAACCACAUAUAAUCGCUGUGCGCAGUACGUAUAGAUUAGAAUAGAAUUAAAGGGAACGUAGGGUAGAGUGUGGCUUUUAUAGUGAAAUGGCGGGUUCAAGUUCGAGCUGGACGGCGAGGCAGAACAAGCUGUUUGAGAAUGCGCUGGCGAUGUACGACGAGGGGAAGCCGGAGCGGUGGCAGAAGGUGGCGAGGGCCGUCGGGGGGAAGACGGUGGAGGAGGUGAAGAGGCACUAUCAGAUGCUUGUGGAGGACAUCAAGCAGAUUGAGUCUGGACAAAUUCCCUUGCCCAAUUACAACCCACCAGCCACCACCACCAACAAGCCCUUUAAUAACUUCAUGGAGGAAGAACAGAGGCUGAGGUAUCUGAAGCUACAAGGAAAUUAAUUAAGACGAGGAUAUGGGCACAAGGGUCCAUUACAAUUCGACUUGAAACAGCAAAUCGAGAGGCCAAAAGAACAAGAAUAUGGGAUAUAUCCUGUGAUAUUAAGCUUUUCUUUUUUCUUGUUUAGUUCCGUUUUGAAUGCAAUGUAUUUGCUCGUUUGGUACAUGUAACCAAACUAAGAUAUAAGUCACUAACUACGUCUGCAUAUUGUGACUUAUUACUGUUUUCUAUGUAAGUUUUUUUUUUUUUUUUUU